GCAGCCCAGUGUUCCAGGAAUGUCCUUCAAGGAUGUGCGAGAUCUCGGCGAGCAGCUCAAAUUGCUGGGCUUUCCACGGAUUUUCCCCCUCCAAGCUCUGGCCAAUCCCCACGGCAGCCUGGCCAGUUUCCACAUCGUGGCCGAGCUGCUCCAAUGGCUAUCCGGGCUCAUGGAGCCCGGCUCCACACUGCCCGGCGGCGUGGACACCGAGGAGCAGCGCAUCCACCUAAUCCGCUCGGCCACUGAAUUUUUUGUGACCAAAGCAGCCAUUCGCUUGAAUCCCCGCAAGCUUUAUGCUGCCGCUGCUGUAACAGCACAAGAGCUGCAAAAAAUCACCCGCCUGCUGACGGCACCAGGCACUGGCCAAGUGGAGGACCCAGCCGGAACCUCCGGGGACCAGGAUGACCAAGAGCAACACCAACGGGAUCAAUAUCGUAGUCUCAAUCCCGUGGAUAUUGGUGAUAAAAUGGAGGAACUGCGUCGUGCCCGCGAACUGGCCACAGAUCUCACCCAACGCGGCGCCACGCUACACGAUCUCCUCUCCAAGGAGCUGCAGCACAAGGAGCAGCGUCUGGCCCAGGCCCAGCGACCUUUGGAAUUGCUUAGUGUUGAACGAACCUUGAAGAAUGCCAUUCAGGCCAGCCAGUUGCGUUUGCAAACCAGUCGGGCUCAACUGGAGGCGGCCAAGGUGGAGCUGAAUGCUCUAGGGUCCAAGCUUCAGCGAAGGCGGGCGGAGCUGGAGAGGACACGUCAACGACUGGAGGCACUGCAUCGCAUCCGACCGGCUCACAUGGCCGAGUUCGAGGAGUGUGAAAAGGAGUUGCAGCAGCUUUUCCAGCGUUAUUUUCUGCGUCUCCAUGUCCGCGAUGCUCUGAGAUCUCAGCUAGAAAUGAGAACUAAAAGGACAACGCCCAUUGCCUCGCCGGUUUUGCAGAAGCCAGCGGAGAGUUCGAUGCCAUUUAUACCCGAGGGACUCAUCGAGGACGAUGAUGAUGAGGAUGGCGAUGGGGACGAUGGCGAUGAUGAUGAUCUGGAUGAUGAGGAGGAUGAGGUGGGUGGUGUUGGUGGUGGCGGCGGCCUUGGUGGUGUUGAGGAUGUCUCCAGUCGCCUGGACAUGGUGGUCAAUGGACGCAGUGUCUUUGGUUUGGAUUCGGAAAUCCCUGAUAUCCGAGAUGAGGACAAGUUGCUGCUGCUGCAGCAGAAUGGAGUGGCUCAGGGCAAGCGUCCUGGCACGGCCACCUCCAGGAUAAGACCCACAACGGGCAGGAGCAGGAAGGGAGCAGCUGGAGGCAGGACACCAGCUGGAACUGAAGAUGCCCGGGCAGCCAGGGCCUCUAGGAGGGGAGCAGGAGGAGCAGGAGGAGGAGGAGGAGCAGAAGCUGGCGGAGGAGCUGCCGGUACUGGCCGAAAUGGACGCAAUGGUCCUGGCAGCAGCAUGCUCAACUCGCGGGACGAUGACAGCAGCUUCGGCAGCUCCGACAGCGAACUGGAUGUGGGCGAGAUCAUGGGCAUGAGUGGGAUGAGCGGCAUCAGCGGCAUAAGUGGCAUCAGUGGGAUGAGCAACAUGGCAUUGGCAGCGGGCGAUGAUGAAUUUGAUCUCAACUCUAUUGACGACAUCAGCAUUUCAAAAUUAACCGGCGAACUGCCGCUGCGCCCAAAAACGGCCAAUAAGGCGGAGCAUCACAGCGAUGAGGAUUUCUAGGGGAUUACCAAGGGAUUCCCAAAGGCAAAACUAAUCAUUUUCUACAGAUUUUAUAGAAGC